AUGAGAGCGUUGUUCCCCUCCGCGCAUCAGCUCCGCCGCAUCAUGACCGACACAUCCGGGCCCGUAUCGCGUCGUAUCCACGAGAAGCUUCUGGCUGCUUUCACCCCCACGCACCUGGACGUGAUCAACGAGAGCCACAUGCACAAUGUCCCCAAGGGUUCCGAGACGCACUUCAAGGUGGUUGUAGUCACCGACCAGUUCGAUGGCAAGCCGCUUAUUCAGCGCCACCGCAUGGUCAACGCUGUGUUGCAGCAAGAACUGGACGAUGGUGUGCACGCACUGAGUAUUCUCAGCAAGACGCCCAAGCAAUGGGAGGCCAAUGCGCAGGUUAAGCCCUCACCCAAUUGCCGCGGCGGCAUGAACGCUGACGAGAGCAAGAAGGAAUUUCUAGAGAAUCUCAAGCGACAGCACCAGAGUGAGUAG